CUCCCUAUUUUCUACUCUCUCUCCCUAAAAUUUAUCAAACUACACGGUCCACUCCCGCCCUAAAUUGUUGGUUACAUGCAUUAGCAAACCACGUCAGAGAGAUUAACACACACUCUCUCUUCUUCUUCUUCUUCUUCUUCUUCUCUCUCUCCUCUUCUGUUUCGAAGACUUUCUCAGAGCGAUCGGACAUGGCGAGUGACGGCGAUCGCACAACUAAUUUUUCUCGCACUUUUAAGUACUUAUUCGCUACGCAGUUCUUGUCAAGGGGAAUCCCGUUCAUAUUCAAUUCAUGGAUCGUCAGACACCUCACUGAAAAAGACUAUGCGCUUUACGCUGUACAAUUCCAUCUAUUCGUCACCUGUAUCUUGUUCCUCAGUCGUGAAGGUUUUCGGCGAGCAUGCAUGAGAGCAGACAUUAAAUGGAGAAAGGGAUUGUCUUUGCAGUAUCACAAGCUGCGUAUGGAGCUUGCUUGUUCUUUUGUUAUUGGGGCUACUUUCUUCUUUUUCGUGUUAUUAAGAGUUCUGAUCUUUUGCCUUUCAGGAUCCAUCAUGAAUUAUGAUAGGCAGCUCUCGGACAUGUGCAUGUUAUUUACUCUUCAAUCCUUCCGAAAGUUGAUUCUUCAAGAAGGAGAAAAGUUUGUCCUUGUAUGGUUUGAUACCACAUAUAACCAAGCUGUGUAUGGACUUGUUGACAAAUUAGGGAGCCUAGUGGUGAGGAUGAUUUUUCUUCCCUUUGAAGAAAGUUCGUAUGCUACAUUUGCAAAGUCUGCAACAGCAGAAGAUGCACGUAAAAGCUGGAAGUUAGGAAGUUCUCUAACAGAUGCUCUGAAGCUCGUUUUGUUAAUUGAAUAUACUUUAUGUCUUGUAGGGCUUGUAGUCAUGGCAUUUGGCCCUUGCUAUUCUUACUCUCUCAUCAGAUUGUUGUAUGGCCAAAAAUGGAGUGAUGGAGAAGCAUCAAGUGUCCUCCGAUAUUACUGCCUUUAUGUCAUUGUUUUGGCUAAUAAUGGAACCUCUGAAGCAUUUCUGCAUGCAGUUGCAACAGAGAACCAACUCAAGCGUUCAAAUGACUCCUUACUUGUAUUCUCAGUUAUCUAUCUUGCGCUGAAUGUGUUUCUAAUACAAUCAGCUGGUGCAGUUGGUUUAAUUGUUGCAAAUUCCUUGAAUAUGAUUUUGAGAAUUAUUUACUCAGCGGUAUUCAUCAAGCACUAUUUUGAGGAUUCUGCCUCAUUUUCCUUUCGCAGCUGCUUGCCGUCAGGUUGGACAGUUUUGUUGUUUUCUGGCAUAACCACUCUCGUUUCGGAGAAAUUAUUUCUGGAUCAUCAGAACUUCUGGCCAUCAUUUCUCAUUCAUCUCUCUGUUGGAUUAACCUGCUUCUGUAUAUCAUCUGUUGUAAUUUAUCGCUGUGAGAGUGCUUUCAUCAACAAAAUUGUGCGCUUCCACGACCAUGUAGACUGAAAAGGACAUACAACUUUUUCCUUGAUCUGCUGAGCUACGGGCAAAAUACAAUUGUUGUUGCGGCAUGCAGAGACAUGUACAUGAGAAAUGGCGAUAGGGAAAUAUUGAUUCUAGCGUUGAUCCAUGGCGACGUUACUCUAAUGCAUUGAAACUUGAAAGAGAUGUUGAGGAGCAUGUACCGAAGCAGGUUUAGCAAUUUAUAUUCUUUUGAAACAUGGGCUUGAUUUUUCAAUUUCCGAGGCAUUUGUACCUGGCAUUAACUUUUCCUCCCUUUUAUUUUUUGACUAUCUUAAUCUGUUUAUAGAUCAGGAAACCUUUCAGGAAAGCUUAUGGGAAGAAAAUUCGAAUCACGUCAAUGGGCUGUUCCAAAGUUCUGGUAAUUUAUCCUUUUUCUUGAUCAAUCAAGUCUGUAUAUUGCAACCUAAGCAGGUUAAUUUGGGGAAAGGAUGUGCAACUCCCAAGGCCGUGUUUGGAUCAUGGGUGUCUGGAGGAAUUCAUUGAGGUAAAAGAAAUUUGUAAAAUUUGUAUCCUUUUUUUGAGUUUGUUAUCAAAUCGAUUCUUUCACCAUUCUUUUUCCUUUUUAAGUGUGCUGACUUAGCCGUAGUGUGGUAAAAUAUGUAGCAUUAUUGUUUGAAAUCUUAGUAUCCUAUCAAUGAAGUUCUUCUUUCAGAUGGAAA